AUGACAUCGCCGAAGAUUUUGAAGAUGAGUUGGGGCUCCAUCUCGUUGGAGAAAAUCGGUGAGGAUGGAAAGGCUGUCAAGGGUGAGGAAGUCGUCUACAGAGAUGCUAAGGUCUGGCCCGGCGGCAGUUGUGGAUGGGACUGGAACAAGGGCGGCACCUCGCACUGGGGCGGCAUAACACGCGAGGACGUGGAGGAUUUGAAGGAAAAAGGUGCGGAGGUGGUAGUACUGACCCGAGGCCAGUGGGCCUUCCUUCAUGUCCCACCUGAAGUUGUGAAGGAGCUGGAGGCUCUCAAUUUCAAGGUCAUUGUGGAACGCACAGCUCCCGCAAUGGAGACGUACAAUAAACUGGUCACUGAGGGGCAUCGUGUUGCUGGCCUCUUCCACACCACUUGCUGA